UGCCUGCAAGCACUCGACUUUCUACACACGAAUCAUGUAAUUCACCGCGACAUCAAAUCUGACAACAUCUUACUCGGCCUUGAUGGCAGCGUCAAGCUUACCGACUUCGGCUUCUGUGCACAAUUAUCAGCAGAUCAGACAAAACGCUCAACCAUGGUAGGCACACCCUACUGGAUGGCCCCGGAAGUGGUAACUCGCAAGCAGUAUGGACCGAAAGUAGACAUCUGGUCUCUAGGCAUCAUGGCCAUUGAGAUGGUGGACGGGGAACCACCUUACUUAAACGAGAAUCCAUUGCGCUCCAUAAUUUUGCUACAAUUUACCAUUUUAUUAGCUCUUGGAGAUGAGACAAAAAGCAGAUUCCUCGACAGUAUCUGUGGUCAGGCCUUUAUACUUGAUCCUAUCACGUGUGAUUUAGGUCAGGAGUUGUAUCUAUGCUAG